UUGAGUGAAUUGCUUUCUCAGUGUCACGUUCAGACUACAGAAUUUACACAUUACUUUCUGGAUUUAUAAAGAUUAAACAGUGUGUGUUUGAUUUUUCAUUUUAGUUUUUUAAUGCUGAGUUGAUUAUUCGUGUUCAUGUGACCUACCUGCCAGAAAGCCUAAUGCAUGCACUUGUGUGGCCUUCUGUCUUGGUGUGGGCUGCAAUGUUUGUAUGGGGUCAACCAUGCCAGCCGGAUGAGUUUGAUUGUCUGACAGGUUGUUUGCCAGAGAAGUAUGUAUGUGACUUCAGUCAAGAUUGUUCAGAUGGCAGUGACGAGAGAGACUGUACUCACUCAAAAAGAUGUGAUUUUGAAGAUGGGCUUUGUGAUCUAAAAACACCAGAUCCGAAUAAAUCGUGGAUACGAGGUUCAUGUCUAACCGAUCCUGGACCUCUGUUAGACCACACAGGCAACCCUGCAGGACACUACUUGUUUUUACGCUCUGAAACUGGAGAGACAGCCAUUGCAGACUUAUCCAGUUUAUCUUUCCUGCCCUCAGAGUCUUGCACGGUCACUUUCUACUAUCACAUUGGUCAGGUGAAUGGUGACUUACAGGUUCUGGUUAAAUCAGAACUUUCAGAAGAAAAAAGACAAAUCUGGGUUCAGACCAGCCUGAUUUCUGAGCCAAUCACAAAGCCCUGGAUAAAAACAUCAGUAACAUUCAGACACAGUCAGGGGUUUCAGGUAAUAUUUCAUGGACUGGUGUUUGGCAACAGUGAUCCUAAUGAAGUUAUUGCGUUUGAUGACUUGUCAUUCAGCCCAGGCUGUGUAUUGGCUGAUGAAAGACAUGUAUCCUAUGAAAGUCCUUCUCAUUUUGACUGUGGGGGAGGUGUACAUGUGGACCCAAAGCAAGUGUGUGACUUUACUCCAGACUGUCCUAAUGGAGAAGAUGAAGCCAACUGUCCUGCACAGUGUGAUUUUGAGGCAGAUGCGUGUGGCUGGCAUGAAUUCGUGCCUGGUGAUGGAUUUGACUGGGUCAGAAGCUCACCUCACACCAUGUCCACAGACCAACAAAUCAAAGUACCUUUAAGAGAUCACUCUACCAACACAAGCACUGGUCACUUUCUUCUAGUCCUGAAGAACAGUAGCAGUUUUUCUCAGUGUGCUUUACUCCGGAGUCCCACCUUCCAGCAGGCUGGGCCGGAUUGUAAACUUACCUUCUGGCAUUACACCGCUGGUAUAUCUGUGGGAGCAGCAAACAUGUACCUGCAAAUCCAAGACGUGGACAACAUAACUGUUCUGUGGCGCACACUUUACCAUCAGGGCUACUUUUGGCAGCCAGUGACUGUGCAGCUUGGCCGCCAAACAAAGCCCUUCAACAUCUUAUUGUCCAAACUGAGCCUGGGUGUAUAUGAUGGAAUCUCCGCGCUGGACGACAUCACUUUCCACAACUGCUCACUGCCACUGCCCAUGGAUAAAUGCCCCACCCCUGACUACUUUCACUGUGGGCGGAGCCAAGCAUGUGUGGACCACCUCAAGCUCUGUGACCUUGUUGAUGACUGCGGAGACGGAACAGAUGAGGAAAACUGCUCCUCUGAGUUGAUGUGCAAUUUUGAGGAUGGCUUAUGCAACUGGACUCAGGAUAAAGAAGACAUUUUUGAUUGGACCUGGAAUAAGGGGCCCACUCCCACUCCCAACACCGGCCCCUUUAAAGACCACACAUGGUCCAGUGUGAGUGGGCAUUACCUCUUUAUCGAGUCCUCUGCCCCGCAGCAAUUCAAAGACACUGCUGUACUUAUCAGUAGACCUUUUAACCCCACUCUCAGCAAAGGAGAAAUCCCGCGGGCAACCUGUGUCUUCCGUUUCCACUAUCACAUGCUUGGCCAGUAUAUAUUCCGAUUAGCUGUCUACAUACGCAACUAUGACAGUGGGCGUGGCCAAAUGCUGUGGGUUCGUCAUGGUGACCAGGGCAACCUAUGGCACAGAAAGACUCUGUACAUCAACAGUGCACGGCCCUUCCAGAUUCUUGUGGAGGGCACAGUGGGGGAUGACUUCACAGGAGACAUAGCAAUAGAUGACCUCUCAUUUCUGGGCUGUGAGCCAUAUGAGGGUGUACUCCCUUCAAUUGAAGCCAGCACUAUGGCUCCUGUCAUCACUCACCCUACGUUGCCGCCUCACAGCUGUCAACUUGGCCAGUUUGUGUGUGGGGCUUAUGGAGAGUGUGUUAGCCAGAAUCAAGUGUGUGACUUCAGAUGGGAUUGUUCUGAUGGCUCUGAUGAAAAGGGCUGUGUGAUGGAGCGGUGUUAUUUUGAGGGUGGAAAUUUAUGUGGAUGGACGCUGGAUAGCCCCAAGCCUCCAGUCCCUCUACAUGCCUUCCAGUGGCUUAUAGGACAGGGAGAAACUAUAUAUCAUGGUGAAGAAGAUCAUAGGCCUGUAAAUGACCAUACACUAGGCACUGCAGAAGGAUGGUAUAUCUAUGCAGACAGCUCAAAUGGUGGGUAUGGCCAUGUGUCUGAUCUUAU